GUUAAAUUUUAACCCAUACAAAAUCUUUUAGUUUUAUUAUUUCAUAUCUUUUUCAAUUUUAGUGUUCUAUGAGCUCCAACCGUGUGCUGUCAUAUUUCUUUUAAAAUUUAAAAACUUUCAAAUUAAUCUAAGAAUGAUAACCGAUGAAGAACUUGCAGAGAGAAUGGAGGCUAUUUCUAGGAACUUCUCGUCCAUUAUUUUGUAUGCCUCGACACAACAGGAUAAGAUCCAGACUAAGACCUUGGAUAAGAUAACGAUGAUCAUCAGAAAUGCAACGAAGGAGCAAUUGCAGUCUCGUCAUCCUCGCAUCCUUGUCACGUGUCUACUGAGACUCCUGUUAUACUACGAGAAUGUAUUUCAGACAAAUGGAUUUUGCGAUUUAUGGAAGCGUCGACGUAAGUUUAGAAUCGCCCGAGAUUGCUAUCAUGCUUUACUGAAAAGCUACCUGCCCGAAAGAUCAUCGGAUGUCGUGGAGACUAUUGUGGAAGCCAUCUAUCAGGAGCGACUCUGGAAAUUCGAGACCUUCUGCUUUGAAAUAAUGUACAGUUUGCUAGAUAUCAACCCUGUUAUUGCCGGACUGAUCGUUCAUUCAAUUUGGAAUAAAUUGACACUGCCAGAAAUUGGCGUCGAGGAUAGUCGCGGUAUCAUCAGGAUAUUAUAUGAGCUUCUGGACGUGUUCGUGUGGCCGGAAACGCAGGAUACAGUAGCGACAAUAGAAAAGAUGCUCGGGCUUUUUCGCGCUAGCAUAAUCGCACGAUUGAUGACGACCUCCCUUUUAGACUCUUCCUCUUCUUUAGCACCUUCACCACCGCCAUUGCCAUCGCCAUCGCCAUCGACGCUUGCCAGCCUCAAAAAGGGUUUAGAAGUUUGCCUAAGAAAUACUAUGAAACAUAUCUCGAACGAUCAGUUGCUAGUGGUCGUGCAGCACAUGUGCUCAUGGACAGUGACCGCAGGCACGACCGACGAAUUCGUUCUGGAGUUCGCCAGCUUGCUGGAAUUCGCUGCUUUUAUACAUCAGGCGAAUCUCUACGAGCAGACACUCACGCCGACAAUCUUUCCACUGCUGAUGCGAAUGGUGGGCUCAUCCAGUCAGAUCAUCAGUCUACUAGGCAACAGAGUGCUGCAAUGGUUGAUAGACCGCCAUGACAACCGAGCGAUCUUCGAUACACCCAAGAUCUUCUUCGAGCACACGUAUUUUGGUCUGCGAAUCACGCAGUGUCGUAAAGAAGAUCGAUUGUUCUUUAAGUUGCAUCGCGAAUUAUUACACGAUAGCCUGCUAAAGAGUCUAACAAGCCAUUCGAACUCGCGGAUGAAUAUCGAGGUGACAUAUUGCACAAUAUGCCUGAUUGCUAUUGAAGUACCCUGUGGCUUUACAGCUGCUGCUCUGGCCUGCCUCGCGAUGAAUGUACAGGAGAUCAUUCUGCAACAACAAGACAAUCGCGUGGAAGAAGCUUGUCAUAUACAUGCUACGAUCAUCUCUAUUAUGUCCUUCAUCUGCUGGAUACACAAGGCUAAAAUUUUCUACAGCUAUACGAAUAGGAUUGUGAUGGAAAGGGCGCAAUGGGCGCCGCAUCUGAAUCCUCCCAUCCAAUCCCAAUAUAACUUUGCGCUACACCACGUUCUUUGGAACAAGCCGGAACUAUUCUUCGUCGACUGGGAGGUGCGCUAUGGUCUCUGGAAAUGCUUUCGUCUUACCGAUAUCCACAACAGCUCAUUAAUUGUCGGACACAUUGAAUGAUAUGAUUUCUGGAAUGAAUCAAGAAUUUACAGAUCUGUCUCUGUGAGAUCAUUCUAUUACAUUUUAAAUCAAAGAAGAUUCAAAGAAAUAAAAAUCUUAACGAAAUCAAGAGAUCAUGAGGGAUAUUUUUCUGUAUUUAACGAUUGA